ACAUGUCACUUGUGGAUUAUAUGCCAUAACAGUUUGACAACGUCAUUUCCAGUAAUGCGGCUUUGCUGAGACCGGCACUUCAAAAUCUCUAAAGUCCUCAUCAGGUAUCUCCGGGCCUGAUAGACUUCUGGUGACCACUAAGGGAUUGGAUUCUUGUAGACCGUCCAGAUGCGAUCGCCUAUAUGUUCACGAUCAGCUGCUACACGUUCCACCCUCUAAUCCAGAGGUUCGUGAGGCUCUGGAGAUAUGUCCAGCUGGUGUCGGACAUCCUGACCUGCAUACUGUCCAUGAUCUGCUGCCAGUGCGUGGAUGCAAUGCCUCUUUCUACCUCCACGUCCGUCGAGAGUAAAACUUCAAUCGAAGCGCUUAAGCUCCAAGAAAAUAAACCUGAAGCUCAACUGGUAGACCCCGGUAAGUCGAGUGGUGAGCCCCUUAGAGCCCAGCAUCUGGUCAUAGAUUUCACUCCCGGCCGGGAAGACACGCCAGAGAUACAAGCAAAGUGCCAACAGUUCUGGCAGUUCACUAAGAACAAGCCAGAGCUUGGGGGCAUGAUGGUACAGCCCUCUCAAGACUCGGAUCGACGUCUUACAGAACUAUCAAGUUCAGUAAUUCAUCAGGUUCCAUAUUCAGAUCGAAAUAGAACUAACCUGCCCGCUAUACACACGAUACGAAAAAUGGACAAGAGAGGCGCUGUAAAAGCCGCUUUCAACACAGGAGAAGUUUCUAAAUAUUAUACGUGAAACUAUAUAAUUUUACACUUUUUGAAUGUUUUGUUUUGUUUAUUGAUUACAUUUUUUUUAAGAUUUUUUAUUUUUUUUUCAUAUUGACUUACAUUUUUAACCUAUGGAGGAUCAAAUAGCCUAUGCAUUUUUUACGCAGGAUUAAAAAAGAACACCCUUUAUUUAGGACUUUUAAAUCAGCGCGCCAUUUUUUGUAAUGCAGCAAAAUAAAAAUAAAAGUUUGUCCGUCACGUUAUCGUUAAAACACCAAAACAGCAACCUCCAACAAUAAAUAUUGGUAAGUGUUCAUAAUUUUUUGAAAACAGAGGUUCAUAUUUAUAU